UAGAAAUGUAUUAUUUACCAUUACUGUUCCCAAUUGUAGAUAUUUAAGCUUAUUAUAAUCGAUAUUAUAUUUUAUGAUUUCUUCAUUAGUUAAAAUAUUCGGAUGUAUUAUUCCAUAUUUAGCGGAUACAACAUUUUCUUGUAUAUGUUCUAUUUUACUUUUUAAAAAUUGAAUUUUUGUGUAUUGAUCUAAGUAUAAAUUUUGUUUAUAUUCUUCAUAUAUAAAUUUAUUUAUUGAAUUAAGUUCUUUUUCUAUUUUUAAUCUAUCGCUUUUAACAAUUUCUUUUAAAUGUUCAAUAGCUGAUGCAAAAUAAUCGUUAAUUUUAAUUUGUUCGUUAAAUGAGUCAUUCGUUCGUAAAAGGUGUGUUUCUAUAGUUUGUCUGUCGUUUUCGUCCAUUGUUCCAAAAAGCCAUUUUGACAUACUGCCAAUUGCAUUAACUAAACCUCUUCUAUUCCUACUUUUAACUGGCAUAAGUGUCAUUAAUUUAUUCCUUUUAUCCAAUAACUCUCUUUGUAGUAUUUCUUUAUUUUCUAUUUUCACUAAGAUUAUAUUGUCGGUCAUGUCAUUAAUAAUAUUUUCUAAUUGUUGAACGUCAAUCAUAUGUACUAACGGGUGAUUUUUUUGAGGUUAGGAUUUUCAUGCAUUAGUAUUUGACAGAUCACGUGGGAUUUCAGACAUGGUGUCAAAGAGAAAGAUGCUCAGUAUGCUUUGACAUUUCAUCAUGAAUAGACUUACUAACGAGCAACGCUUGCAAAUCAUUGAAUUUUAUUACCAAAAUCAGUGUUCGGUUCGAAAUGUGUUUAUCGACAAAUUUUGUUCAGCGAUGAGGCUCAUUUCUGGUUGAAUGGCUACGUAAAUAAGCAAAAUUGCCGCAUUUGGGGUGAAGAGCAACCAGAAGCCGUUCAAGAACUGCCCAUGCAUCCCGAAAAAUGCACUGUUUGGUGUGGUUUGUACGCUGGUGGAAUCAUUGGACCGUAUUUUUUCAAAGAUGCUGUUGGACGCAACGUUACGGUGAAUGGCGAUCGCUAUCGUUCGAUGCUAACAAACUUUUUGUUGCCAAAAAUGGAAGAACUGAACUUGGUUGACAUGUGGUUUCAACAAGAUGGCGCUACAUGCCACACAGCUCGCGAUUCUAUGGCCAUUUUGAGGGAAAACUUCGGAGAACAAUUCAUCUCAAGAAAUGGACCCGUAAGUUGGCCACCAAGAUCAUGCGAUUUAACGCCUUUAGACUAUUUUUUGUGGGGCUACGUCAAGUCUAAAGUCUACAGAAAUAAGCCAGCAACUAUUCCAGCUUUGGAAGACAACAUUUCCGAAGAAAUUCGGGCUAUUCCGGCCGAAAUGCUCGAAAAAGUUGCCCAAAAUUGGACUUUCCGAAUGGACCACCUAAGACGCAGCCGCGGUCAACAUUUAAAUGAAAUUAUCUUCAAAAAGUAAAUGUCAUGAACCAAUCUAACGUUUCAAAUAAAGAACCGAUGAGAUUUUAAAAAA